GAGGGGGCGCGUCUCGGCCAGUCACGUUGAUGGCGGCCACCAGCUUGUGGUGAGGUAGCGGAUUCCCUGCUUGUCUCGCAGAGCCCCUCGUGCCUUUCGGACUCAGUGGCCGGCGCCGGGCGCGUGAGGAAGCACGGCGGCCCAAACUCGCGGGGAAGGCCGCAGUCGCGGAGGCAGCGGCGCGGCCCGGGCGCAGGGCUGGGGGAGAGGCCGCUCCGCAGGGCGAAUGUGACAAGCCCCCACCCCCACCGCCUUCCUCCCGAGUGCGCGAGGAGCGCGGGCGACCCCGGGGCCCCGCCAGGCCACAGACCCCGCCCAGCGGCCAGCACCCGGAGCAGGCCCGGCAGCGGAGCUGCGCGGCGGCACCAUGCUGGUCACCCUGAAGACCCUCCAACAGCAGACCUUCAAGAUCGACAUAGACCCCGACGAGACGGUGAAGGCACUGAAAGAGAAGAUUGAAUCUGAAAAAGGGAAAGAUGCCUUUCCUGUAGCAGGUCAAAAAUUAAUUUAUGCAGGCAAAAUCCUCAAUGAUGAUACUGCUCUAAAAGAAUAUAAAAUUGAUGAAAAAAACUUUGUGGUGGUUAUGGUGACAAAACCCAAAGCAGUGACAACGCCAGCACCAGCUACAACGCAGCAGUCCAGCCCUGCCACCACUACCACAGUUAGCUCCUCCACAGCUCCAGCUGCCGUCCAGGUCCCAGCCCCUGCUCCUGCUGUGGCUCCUGCUCCUACCCCUGCAUCCAUCACUCCAGCAUCGACGACGGCAUCUUCUGAACCUGCGCCUGCUAGUGCAACGAAACAAGAGAAACCUGCAGAAAAGCCAGCAGAAACACCAGUGGCUACUAGUCCAACAUCAACUGACAGUACGUCAGGAGACUCUUCUCGGUCAAAUCUUUUUGAAGAUGCGACAAGUGCACUUGUGACAGGUCAGUCUUACGAGAAUAUGGUAACCGAGAUCAUGUCAAUGGGAUAUGAACGAGAGCAAGUAAUUGCAGCCCUGAGAGCCAGUUUCAACAACCCUGACAGAGCAGUGGAGUAUCUUUUAAUGGGGAUCCCUGGAGAUAGAGAAAGUCAGGCUGUGGUCGACACCCCUCCAGCGGUUAGUACCGGGGCUCCUCAGUCUUCAGUGGCUGCUGCUGCGGCAACUACGACAGCGUCGACCACAACCGCAAGUCCUGGAGGACAUCCCCUUGAAUUUUUACGGAAUCAGCCUCAGUUUCAACAGAUGAGACAAAUUAUUCAACAGAAUCCUUCCCUGCUUCCAGCGUUGCUACAACAGAUAGGUCGAGAAAACCCUCAGUUACUGCAGCAAAUUAGCCAACACCAGGAGCAUUUUAUUCAGAUGUUAAAUGAACCAGUCCAGGAAGCUGGCGGGCAAGGAGGAGGGGGCGGAGGCGGCAGUGGAGGGAUUGCGGAAGCUGGAAGUGGUCACAUGAACUACAUUCAAGUGACGCCUCAGGAAAAAGAAGCUAUAGAAAGGUUAAAGGCACUAGGAUUUCCUGAAGGACUUGUGAUACAAGCAUAUUUUGCUUGUGAGAAGAAUGAGAACUUGGCUGCCAAUUUUCUUCUACAGCAAAACUUUGAUGAAGAUUGAAAGGGACUUUUUUUUAUCUCACACUUCACACCAGUGCAUUACACUAACUUUGUUCACUGGAUUGUCUGGGAUGACUUGGGCUCAUAUCCACAAUACUUGGUAUAAGGUAGUAGAUUGUUGGGGGUGGGGAGGGAGGGAUCUAGGAUACAGGGCAGGGAUAAAUACAGUGCAUGUCUGCUUCAAGUAGCAGAUGCCGCAAAUCCACACAGUGUGUAAAAUAUUAUACAACCAAAAAUCAGCUUUUGCAGGUCUUUAUUUCUUCUAUAAAACAGUAGGUAACUUUUCCUAGGUUUCACUCUUUCUAGUGUACUAGAUCCAGAAAUUUAGUGUAAUGCCCUGCUUUAUAUUUCUUUGACUUAACAUUGGUUUCAGAAAGAAUCUUUGCUACCUAGAAUUUACAGUCUCUAUUUCAUGGCAACACUGGAUAAUGGCUUUGUGAAAUUGAAAAAAUUUUGGAGCAAUUGUAAACAGAAAUGCCAAAUUAUUGAUGGUUAUUGUUGCUGCUUCAAAUACAUAUUGAAUUAAUGUGUAAGAAAGCCCAUUCUUUCAUGUUAAAUACUUGGGGGUAGGGAGGGGAGAAAGGGGAGCCUUUUCUUAAAAUGAAAAUAAUUACUGCUAUUUUAAAAUUUCUUGAUCAUCGAAUGUGAGACCCUUCUAACAUGAUUUGAGAAGCUGUAUAGGCAGUUAUUUUCCUGUUUACAUUUUUUUUUUUUUUUUUUUGGUUUGGUUUGGGGAAAAAAUUGGUAGGUGUCUAAUUACUGUUUACUUCAUUGUUAUAUUGCAGUAAAAGUUUUAAAACCACCAUUGCAUGUUUGCUUUUGAUGUAUCCCUUUGUGAAAUUAGCACUUUGGGGCCAAUGGAGAAAUGCAGCAUUCACUUUCCCUCUCUUCCCCAUCCCUCUGCAGAGAUGUGUUUGUCAAUAAGUCGUGAGUUCAAAUUGCUGCCUUUUUUUAAACCCACAAAAUGCUGAUUCAGUUGAAAAUUAGCUAAUGUUUCAAAACUGGGUUUCUGAUAUUUGUAAGUGUUUUUCCUUAUUAGAUAAGAAUAUAUGACCAUUAAAGUCAUUAGGAUUCUAUUACUUUCAAAAAAGGUGGAUAAAAGUAUAAAUCCAGCAUCUUUUAUUGCAUUGGAAAGACUGGCAUAAUCUUUUGGAAGGGUUGGGAGAUGCAGCUGGAAAAGUACUUUGGAAAAUAUACAAUCAAGAAUAUCUCAUGGCAUAUUAAAAGAAAAUCUUAAUAGCA